CUUUUCUUGCCGUGACCAGUCCUAUGGAGGUCUAGCUAUGUAUAUUAAAACAAAUUUAAAGUUCAAAAUUACUGAAAAUAAGGUCAUUGAAGGUUUCCAUAGGAUAAGCAUUCAAAUAUCUUUGAGUGGUCAAGUUUUUAGUGUUCAUGGCAUCUAUAGACCACCCGCAUUUCCAUUUAACUCAUUUUGCGAUCAAAUUGAAUCCUUGUUAGCGUCUGUUGCCGAUAACCAUUCUUGUCUUAUUGUAGGUGAUUUUAAUGUCCCCAUAAAUUUAACCAAUUUAAAUACAGUUACGAAAUAUAAGUCGAUUUUGGAAUCCUUUGGUUAUGUUUGCACAAACUCCUUCCCCACUAGACCAAAAACUAAUAAUAUUUUAGACCACGUCAUUUCUAAGCAGAUUGAUCUAGGCCGACUGAAAAAUGACACUAUUUUUACUGAUGUGAGCGACCAUUUACAGGUUAUUACAUCCUUUAAAUUAUCAAGUAAUAAACAAAUGGCAACUUUAACGAAAGAAAUUACUGAUCAUUGUAAACUGAACAAUUUAUUUUUGAAUUAUUUGAAUAAUGUUCAACUACCAGAUAACGUGAAUGUUGGUUUGCAAGAUAUCACAACAUCUUACAGCCAUUUUCGAUCAAUGUCUACUAGGACAAUAAAAAAAAAUGUAAAAUUGAAAGGCAACUACUGUCCAUGGAUGUCACUAGAUCUUUGGACACUCAUAAAAAUUAAAAACAACUAUUUAAAACGUUCUAAAAGGCACCCCGAUGAUGUCCAACUAAAACAAAUGUUGAGUCAUAUAAAUAAAAAAUUGUAUUUAAAAAAACAGGAAUGCAAAAAGUUAUAUUAUGAACGUUUACUGAACAACACACCACAUUCGAAGCUUUGGAGAAAUAUAAACACCCUCAUGGGUAAAAACAAACCAACCACAUCAAUCAACCUGUCUGAUGAAGAAGGCAGCACUACCAACAAUUUAGAAGUUUGUGAAAAAUUAAACAGGCACUUUUCCACAAUUGGCAAAAGGUUAGCUGAGGAAAUUCCAAUUGACCCUGGCUCUGACCAUUUAUCCCGUAUUGAACAUGUACAAAAUACUAUAUUUCUACAUCCAGCUACUGUGAAUGAGGUAAGGGUAGUCAUUCUAUCCCUUAAAAAUAAGAAGGGCUGUGGACCUGAUAAUUUCCCAAGACUGGAAUUUAUCCUGAAUGCCUCAAAAUCGCAAAAGUUAUUCCUGUUUUUAAGGCUGGCGAUUCCCAUGAUAUAAACAACUACCGUCCAAUAUCUACCUUAAGUGUUUUUAGUAAAGUGUUUGAAAAACUUCUUGUGACCAGAAUUGUAAAUUUCCUGAACCAGCAUGACAUACUUUAUAAGCUGCAAUAUGGUUUCAGAUCCGGCUCGAGCACACUAAUUGCCAUCUCAGAACUAGUCGACUCCAUUAUUUCUAAAAUUGAUUCCAAAAAUAUUGUGGGAGCAUUGUUUUUGGACCUUAAAAAAGCUUUCGAUACAUUGAAUCACGAAAUAUUACUAUCCAAACUAGACAAAUAUGGAAUAAGAGGAACAGCUAAUAAUAUCCUUCGCAGUUACUUAGAGGGGCGGAAGCAAUUUGUAGUGAUUGAAAAUACCAAAAGCGUGGUAAGAAAUAUUGAUAUAGGUGUACCACAAGGUAGCAAUAUAGGUCCGUUACUUUUUUUGUUGUAUGUUAAUGAUCUCUGUAACUUACCAUUAAAAGGCACAGCACGCCUAUUCGCUGAUGAUACAGCAAUUUUCUACUCAGCAGCAUCUACUGAUAUUAUCAUUCAACAAAUUGAAAAUGACUUGAAAUUGUUAUCUAAAUAUUUUAAUACCAACUUGCUCUCACUCAACUAUACGAAAACCAAAUACAUGUUAUUUCAUUCUUCACAUAAAAGAUUACCUCCGAAUAUUGACCCAACGAUAAAUGGAAAUGUUAUUGAGAGGGUAAAAUGCUUUAAAUAUUUAGGAAUCUACCUAGAUGAAACUCUUUGUUGGAGUCGUCACACAGAAUAUCUAGAGAAAAAAGUUUCUCCUCUUUGUGGUAUCCUAUGGAAAUUGAGAAAUUUUGUGCCUCAACAUGUUUUAUUGAAAUUUUACUUUGCGUUUAUUCACUCUCAUAUUAACUAUCUUAUUAUGA